AGUACUGUGCUGCCAGAGUGCACACUACGACUCAAGAGCAACUCAAAAGUCAACGCAGAAAGCGCCUAGCUCUUGACUAGAAAGCGUAUUUAAAAUUCUUUCGACUAUGAGGUUAUGUUGAAUUUCCGAGCCGAGAAAACACGUCAGAAUAUGCGUGGCAAUUGAUAAGCCGGUACCAAUGUCAAACGGUGGUAUUAGGUGAUAUACUUCACACGUUUCCACUUUAGUGUGAAAAUUACCAGUGAUUAAUUUGAAAACACUUCGAAUAAUUAAAGUUAGAAUGGCAACUGGUGAUUCAAGACGUGUUGCUUUGAUAACAGGCAUCACUGGACAGGAUGGGUCAUACUUGGCUGAGUUUUUACUAGACAAAGAGUACGAUGUCCAUGGAAUAAUCAGGAGAGCGAGUACGUUUAAUACUGCUCGUAUUCAGCAUCUUUAUGCAGAUCCAAAAUCUCAUCGACAGGGCAAAAUGAAGCUUCAUUAUGGCGACAUGACAGACUCGAGCUGUUUGGUUAAAAUAAUUAGUGCCGUACAACCAACAGAAAUUUACAAUCUUGCUGCACAGAGCCAUGUCAAGGUGAGUUUUGAACUGAGUGAAUAUACAGCUGAAGUCGAUGCUGUAGGAACUUUGAGGCUACUCGAUGCUAUAAGAACUUGUGGGCUUGAAAAAUCUGUCAAGUUUUAUCAAGCUUCUACAUCUGAACUUUAUGGCCGAGUUGCCGAAGUUCCCCAGACAGAGAAGACUCCUUUUUAUCCACGCUCUCCAUAUGCUUGUGCGAAGAUGUAUGGCUUCUGGAUAGUGGUAAAUUAUCGAGAAGCAUACGGUAUGUAUGCCUGUAACGGUAUACUAUUCAAUCACGAGAGUCCGAGAAGAGGAGAAAACUUUGUGACUAGAAAAAUUACAAGAUCUGCUGCUAAAAUAGAACUUGGCCUGCAAGAAGUACUGGAGUUGGGAAAUUUAGAUUCUCAAAGAGACUGGGGGCAUGCUAAAGAUUACGUCGAGGCAAUGUGGCUGAUGUUACAACAGCCAACUGCUGACGACUUCGUUAUUGCUACAGGGGAAACUCACAGCGUUAGGGAAUUUGUCGAAGCAUCUUUUCGCUACGUUGGUCGAACCAUAAAAUGGGAAGGUGAAGGGGUGAAUGAAACCGGCCGGGAUGCCGCCACAGGGCAACUUUUAGUCCGGAUUAAUCCGAAAUAUUUCCGACCUACGGAAGUGGAUCUACUUCUCGGCGACGCUUCUAAGGCUAAGGAGAAGUUUGGGUGGAAGCCAACUGUUAAAUUUGAGGAACUGGUCAAAGACAUGAUGGCCGCAGAUCUCGAACUCAUGCGUAAAAACCCCAAUGCUUAAAUAGAAUUGCGAUGCAUUUAGGUUUUCAUGACUCUUGCAACACGCAUUCCAAAAAAAAAAAAUAAAUAAAUAAGUCAGAUCUAUAUCCGUGUGAUAAGAAACAAUUAGCCAAACUUGGCUAACCUUUCCAUAAAGUAUUCAUCAACCAAUUUUGCUUAGUGAGGGAAAAAGCGAUACAGAUUAAGUGACAUCCAAAUAAAACACCUGUACAUAUUAAACUUGAUUAUUUUUAUAAAAUGCGGAUUAUAAUUCGCUGACUCUGAGAAGUAUGUAUUACUAGUCUGUUGUCACACAUGAGCAUUUAGUUCUCAAGUACAAUUCUAAAAUAUGUGAAAUAUAAUUGUUUAUGCUGCAAUACUUGCGUUAUUCAAAAAGGUAUAAAUAUACCAAAAAUUAAGCGACGUUAGAAGGUAUUAUUUGGAACAGACGUCAGUUCAUAGAAUGAAUGGAUUUUAGUUUAUUAACAAAUCACUGAAUAAAUGAAAUUUAAACAUGCUGCUUGGUAUAUUACUUGAAUAUAUUUUACAUUAUUAUUCCAACUUUAGGUGUCUAUCGAUACCUGUAAAUAUACUAUAGUAAUAACUUAUUUCUUUGGUACAUUAUUUAUUCUUUUACUUUCCUGAGGUGAAAUUUAUAUCCUAAAUAACAAGUCAAUACAAGAUUAGUACUGCACAACAAGAGGUUGCAGUGAAAACUAAGAUGAUAUUUUAAUUCAGUUUCAUUUCACGAAUAGGUAAUUGGGAUAUACGAUUUUUAAUUGCAUUUAUUUGCAUGCCCAUCUGAAUUAUAUUGAUCUGUUGGUGUAUGAUACUGUUAAAAUGCCGCACAGGGUUCCUUUGGGUUUUAGUACCUAUUUAUACUUGAAAUAAAUAAAGCUUAUGAUAAAACACAAA